GGGGUGUGGGUUUAUUUGCCUGACGCCUUGUGCAUAAAAAAAAGUACGGGAAGUAGGAUGUUGGGGGGACAACCGUGGGAGCUGUUUCAGAGGGUUUGAACCAACAAAUCGAGAGGAUUGGAAAAGUAGGAAUUGCUGCAUUGGACGUGUUAGAAGAAGAAAAUAUCUUUGCGGGAGACUAUAUUGUUAUUAUGUCGAAGUGGGUGACAAGGAUUCAGCACUAUGAAGCUAGAAAAGAUCCAAGUGCCAGACUUUGCAGAACGAGUGCUCGAAAAAUUGCUCCUGUGUGUGGGUGCAGCAUAUGUACAUGGUCCGGGGUAUUGGUUUUAUGGCUUGGACUCGAAGAUUCACUGAUGCACUGGAAAUCUUCAAAAAGAUGGAGCUUGCUGUUGCCAUAGACACCAUCACAUCAUCUCAAUUCAUAACUGACUCUGAGACCUUAAUAUCCACUGGUGGCCUCUUCGAAUUUGGAUUCUUCAGUCCGGUUAACACAACCAAUCGGUAUGUUGGAAUAUGGACUAAUGGCAAGUUUCAAGCAGAUGUUGUAUGGGUUGCUAACAGAAACAAACCGCUCAAGGACUUUACAGGGAUUGUGACUAUGUCUGCAGACGGAAAUCUUGUGGUGUUGAAUGGACAAAAAGAGAUUAUUUGGUCAUCAAAUGUUUCCAAUCCAACAAAUAGUUGUAGUGCUCAGCUGCUAGAGACAGGAAACCUUGUUUUGCGGGAUAAUAUUAGUGGAUUGACCUUGUGGGAGAGUUUUCAAAAUCCUUCUAAUACACGGUUGGCGGGGAUGGAUCUUAGUACUAACUUGCGAACAGGUAAGAAAGUGCAGGUGACAUCAUGGAAGAGCCCUUCAGAUCCAUCCAUGGGAAGCUUCUCGAUGGGUAUAAUAGACACCCGUGUUAGUGCUGAAGUUUUCAUUUGGAACAACAGUCGCGCAUAUUGGAGGAGUGGUCCAUGGAAUGGUCAGGUCUUUAUUGGGGUGCCUUCUAUGUACUCUUUUUACAGUGAUGGAUUUGAUGUUGUACAUGAUCCAGACGGAACUAUUACUUUGUCCUCCAAUUUUUACUCAACAUAUAAUAGUACAUACUUGGUUUUGGAUUCUCAAGGAAAACUUAUAGAAAGAAAGCGAAACAUAGAGGCAAACACCUGGUCAACCUCCGAGUGUGAUAUUUAUGGGUACUGUGGACCCUUUGGAAUUUGUAAUAUCCAAGAUUUUCCAGUAUGCAGUUGCUUGAGAGGGUUUAAACCCAAAAGUGGCAUGGAAUGGGAGAGUGGGAACUGGAGUAGUGGUUGUGUAAGGAGUCAACCACUGCAAUGUGAAAGAAUAAACAGUGGCCUUCAAGAGGGCAAAGAAGAUGGUUUUUUGAAGCUGGAGUACGUGAAAGUGCCAGACUUUGCACAAUGGUCAUCCAACCAAGAAAACGAAUGCAAACAGGAAUGCUCGAAAAAUUGCAGUUGUGCAGCUUAUGCAUUUGACAGUGGUAUUGGUUGUAUGUCAUGGAGUGGAAACUUGAUUGACAUGAAACAAUAUAUUCCGAAUGUUGACCUAUGGGGAAAUUACGAAAAUGUGGUAGAUCUUUAUAUUCGCCUCGCAUACUCAGAACUCGGGAGGAAAAAAAACACGAAAGUGGUGAUCAUAGUUGCAGGAAUUGUUGGAACAAUUACCGUUGCUAUUUGCACUUAUUAUUCUUGGAGGUGGAUGGGUAAAUAUAGAUCAAGGAAGGGAAAGAGCAAGGAGAUGUUGUUUGAUGCAAUCAGAGAUCAAACGAACCAAUUUGAACUCCAGGAAGUACCAUUAUUCCUCUUACAAAAGCUAGCAGCUGCAACUAAUAAUUUCCAUGUUGAUAAUAAGCUUGGGCAGGGUGGUUUCGGACCAGUAUAUAGGGGGAAAUUACAUGAUGGACAGGAAAUAGCGGUCAAAAGACUUUCAAGAGACUCUGGACAAGGACUCAAAGAAUUUAUGAAUGAGGUUGUGGUGAUCUCUAAACUACAGCACCGGAAUCUUGUAAGACUUCUUGGUUGCUGUGUUGAAGGAGAAGAAAAGAUGUUGAUCUACGAGUACAUGCCAAAGAAAAGCUUGGAUACCGUUCUCUUCAGUUCAUCGAAACAAGAAUCUCUGGAUUGGAGAAAACGAUUCAACAUUAUUGAUGGAAUUGGUCGAGGACUUAUGUAUCUCCACAGGGAUUCAAGAUUGAAAAUUAUUCAUAGGGAUCUAAAGGCAAGUAACAUACUGUUGGAUGAAGAGCUGAAUCCCAAGAUUUCGGACUUUGGAAUGGCCAGAAUUUUCAUGAAAAAUGAAGAUCAAGUCAAUACACAAAUAAUCGUUGGGACAUAUGGCUAUAUUUCCCCUGAGUAUGCGAUGGGAGGGCGUAUUUCGGAGAAAUCUGAUGUUUUUAGCUUUGGGGUAUUGUUAUUGGAGAUUAUCAGUGGAAGGAAAAACUCAAGUUUUUAUCAUGAUGAACACUCUCUGAGCCUUCUAGGAUUUGCCUGGAAAUUGUGGAAUGAAAGCAACAUUGUAGCUUUAGUGGAUCCAUCAAUUGGUGAUUCACACAAUGAAGUGGAAAUUGUGAGAUGCAUACAUGUGGGAUUGUUGUGUGUGCAAGAGUUCGUGAUUGAUAGGCCAACUAUGUCAAUGGUCCUUUCAAUGCUUCACAGUGAAAUCUUGGAUCUUCCUUCUCCAAGACAACCUGCAUUCACUGGAAGCUGUGUUAUUAGGGACAUGGAGUCCUCUCUUCUGAACCAAAAGAAAUGCUCAGUUAAUACCAUCACUGUUACAACUGUUGAUGGCAGAUACUACAAAAGAUUCAAGUGCCAGACUUUGCAGAACAAGUGCUCGAAAAAUUGCUCCUGUGUGUGGGUGUGGCGUAUACAUCAUGUUCCGGGGCAUUCGUUUUAUGGAUUGGACUCGAAGCUUCACAGAUGCACCCGAAUCUUCAAAAAUAUGAAGCUUGCUGCUGCCAUAGACACAAUCACAUCAUCUCAAUUCAUCAAUGACUCUGAGACCAUAAUAUCCACUGGUGGUUUCUUCGAAUUGGGAUUCUUCAGUCCGGUUAACACCACUGAUCGGUAUGUUGGAAUAUGGAGCAAUGGCAAGUUUCAUGCAGAUGUUGUAUGGGUUGCUAACAGAAACAAACCUCUCAAGGAUUUUAUGGGGAUUGUGACUAUGUCUGCAGAUGGAAAUCUUGUGGUGUUGAAUGGACAGAAAGAGAUUAUUUGGUCAUCAAAUGUUUCCAAUUCAACAAAUAGUACUAGUGCUCAGCUGCUAGAGACAGGAAACCUUGUUUUGCGGGAUACUAUUAGUGGAUUGACCUUGUGGGCGAGUUUUCAAAAUCCUUCUAAUACAUUGUUGGCAGAGAUGGAAGUUAGUACUAAUUCGAGAACAGGUAAGAAAGUCCGGCUGACAUCAUGGAAGAGCCCUUCGGAUGCAUCCAUGGGAAGCUUCUCGUGUGGUGUAAUACGCACCCGUGUUAGUGCUGAAGUUUUCAUUUGGAACAACAGUCGCCCAUAUUGGAGGAGUGGUCCAUGGAAUGGUCAGGUCUUUAUGGGGUUGCCUUCUAUGUACUCUUUUUACAGUGAUGGAUUUCAUGUUCUAGAUGAUCCAGAUGGAACUACUUCUUUCAACUUCAAAUUUUUCUCAGCAUCUGAUAAUCCAUACUAUGUUUUGGAUUCUCAAGGAAAACUUGUAGAAAGAUAUGCAAACCUAGAUGCAGACACCUGGUCAAGCCUUGUAUCCGCGUGUGAUAUUUAUGGGUACUGUGGACCCUUUGGAAUUUGUAAUAGCCAAAAUUUUCCAAUGUGCAGUUGCUUGAGAGGGUUUGAACCCAAAAAUAACAUUGAAUGGGAGAGUGGAAACUGGACUAGUGGAUGCGUAAGGAGUCAACCACUGCAAUGUGAAAGAAUAAACAGUGGGCUUGAAGAGGGAAAAGACGAUGGUUUUUUGAAGCUGGAGUAUGUGAAAGUGCCAGACUUUGCACAGUGGUCAUCUAACCAAGAAAACGAUUGCAAACAGGAAUGUUUGAAAAAUAGCAGUUGUGCAGCUUAUGCAUUUAACAGUGGUAUUGGUUGUAUGUCAUGGAGUGGAAACUUAAUUGACAUAAAACAAUAUAUUUUGAAUGUUGACGUAUGGAGAAAUAACCCAAAUGUGGUAGAUCUUUAUAUUCGCCUGGCAUAUUUGGAACUCGAGAGGAAAAAAACCAUGGAAGUGGUGAUCAUAGUUGGAGGAAUUGUUGGAACAAUUACCAUUGCUAUUUGCAGUUAUUAUUCAUGGAGGUGGAUGGGUAAAUAUAGAGCAAGGAAGGGAAAGAGCAGAGAGAUGUUGUUUGAUACAGAGGAUGAAAAUAUGAUUAGAGAUCAAACGAACCAAUUUGAACUCCAGGAAGUACCAUUAUUCCUCUUACAAAAGCUAGCAGCUGCAACUAAUAAUUUCCAUGUUGAUAAUAAGCUUGGGCAGGGUGGUUUCGGAGCAGUAUAUAAGGGCAAAUUACUGGAUGGACAGGAAAUAGCGGUCAAAAGACUUUCAAGAGACUCUGGACAAGGGCUCAAAGAAUUUACGAAUGAGGUUGUGGUGAUCUCUAAGCUACAGCACCGGAAUCUUGUGAGACUUCUUGGUUGCUGUGUUGAAGGAGAAGAAAAGAUGUUGAUCUACGAGUACAUGCCAAAGAAAAGCUUGGAUACUGUUCUCUUCAGUUCAUCAAAACAAGAAUCUCUGGAUUGGAGAAAACGAUUCAACAUUAUUGAUGGAAUUGGUCGAGGACUUAUGUACCUCCACAGGGAUUCAAGACUGAAAAUCAUUCAUAGAGAUCUGAAGGCAAGUAACAUCUUGUUAGAUGAAGACCUGAAUCCUAAGAUUUCAGACUUUGGGAUGGCCAGAAUUUUCAGGAAAAAUGAAGAUCAAGUCAAUACACAAACAGUUGUUGGGACAUAUGGCUAUAUUUCCCCUAAGUAUGCAAUGGGAGGGCAUAUUUCGGAGAAAUCUGAUGUUUUUAGCUUUGGGGUAUUGUUGUUGGAAAUUAUCAGUGGAAGAAAAAAUACAAGUUUUUAUCAUGAUGAACAGUCUCUGAGCCUUCUAGGAUUCGCCUGGAAAUUGUGGAAUGAAAGCAACAUCUUAGCUUUAGUGGAUCCAUCAGUUGGCGAUUCACACAAUGAAGUGGAAAUUGUGAGAUGCAUACAUGUGGGACUGUUAUGUGUGCAAGAAUUCGUGAUUGAUAGGCCGACCAUGUCAACCGUCCUUUCAAUGCUUCACAGUGAAAUGUUGGAUCUUCCUGCUCCAAGACAACCUGCAUUUACUGGAAACUGUCUUAUGAGGGACAUGGAGUCCCCUCAUCAGAACCAAAAGAAAUGCUCUGUUAACUCCAUCACUGUUACAACCCUUGAUGGCAGAUAA